AUGAUUCCAACCAGCCUUGAGCCUUUGCAGCGCGCCGGCCAGCGCCUUUCAGCGCCAUCGCGGCGCCGUCCAGUGCCGCUUCAGCAGCCCCCGUACGAUGCCCUGCAGUGCUUUGCCAUCAAAUCCAUCGCACUUGUAGCCGGUACCUGGGCAGCACGACGCCGCACCGUUGUCACACUGGCGCGCCCCACUCCGGCACGCGCAGACAGGAGAGACAGAGCCAGCGUUGGGCUAAAUAUAGCAGCAAGGUGGUCCAUUAAUAAUACAGCCCCGGACGUAGCCUGGCGGUACAGGGCCAGCCCAGCCGAAAACCCACGUCCCAUUUUCCCCAAAGCAGCGCUGAUCCUGGGAUUCUUUCUCGGCGGACUCGCCUCAGUGCCCGGCUUCCCGCAUCCACAACACUUCGGCAGUCCUUCUUCAACAACCGCCAUCUCGACUGCACUCGUGCUUUUCAUCUUCAAGCUCCGUCCGCACCGGUCCGACAGCUAUCCGUUGCUCUCCGGUUUCCUAUUCCCUUUUUCUUUCGUCUUGUUUCGCGUUUCUGCUCGUCAGCCCGCCAAUCAUCCGUUCGCCCAGCGUGGAGGAGAUUUUGCGUUGCAGACAUCGGGAGAACCAACAAGGGGGAGGGGAAUAAACAACACCAACCGUCGAUCCAAAGAAUUCAUCAUCAGCGCUUCUCGCGCAGUCGCCAUCUCCCCAACCAGCGCCAUGCCCGGCUCCUCGGACAACGGCUCGUCGAGCAACGGCGGGAACCACUCGGGCCACAGCCCGUCUCAAGACGACAACAUGGCGCCUCGCGAUGCGCACCCGGACAACGCCAGCGUCCCCAAGCCCAAGCGCCUUGCCUGCAUGAUCUGCAGGAAGCGCAAACUCAAGUGCGACGGCAUACGGCCCAGCUGCAGCACCUGCUCCCGGCUGGGACACAACUGUGCCUACGACGAGCAGCGAAGGAAGAGCGGCCCCAAGCGUGGCUACGUAAAGGCCCUGGAGGAACGACUCAAACAAGUUGAGACGCUAUUAAAGACCCAGGAACCACCAGCAAAGAGCCCGACAAAAGGCGUCGGCAUGCAGAUCCCGGGAACCAACAACAACCAGGCCAAUGCAAGUGCGUCCAUGCCCAUGCCCAACUCCAACGCCAACAUGGGCAUCAACGGCGAGGAGCGCUGGCACUUCAACAACAACGGCGAGUCGCCCCAGGCGGCGCCAAUGGAUGACUUCGGCUUCAACGCCAACAUGGGUAUGCCCGUCAACAACAUGCCCGGAAACUUCACCUGGGAGAUGAUUGGCCUGGGGCUGGAGGAGCCGCUACCGCCGCAGGAAACUAUUGACGAGCUGCAUCAAAUCUACUUUGAAAAGGUCCAUCCAUCGAUGCCCAUGAUUCACAGAUACCGCUAUCUUGCCGCCAUGAACUUGGCACCAAGUCAACGACCACCAGUCUGCUUACGCUACGGCAUGUGGACAUUGGCAUGCUCCAUCUCGGAAAAGUACACGGACCUGAAGGAUCUGUUCUACCAGAGAGCACGCAAGUAUGUCGAGGCCGAUUACAUGAAAGGUUUUGGAGAGCACAUGAUUUCCGUCGCUCACUGCCAGACACACAUCCUGCUGGCCAGUUAUGAGAUGAAGAUGAUGUACUUCCCCAGAGCCUGGAUCAACACCGGCUCUGCCGUCCGUCUGGCACAAAUGAUUGGAUUGCACCGUAUGGAUGGUGGUGGCUUGGACGUGAAACAGUGUCUGCCACCCCCCAAGGACUGGACCGAGAGGGAGGAACGCAGACGAACGUUUUGGAUGGCCUUUUGUGAGGAUCGCUAUGCCAGUAUCGGUACUGGCUGGCCCAUGACAAUUGAUGAAAAGGACAUCAAGACAAACAUGCCAUCGGCGGAUGAAGCCUUUGACAUGAGCCGCCCAGAGCAGACGCUGACUCUGGAGGAGUCCAUGGGCCCAUCCGGAGCCGGCAAGCUCUCCUCAUUCGGCGGCAUCAUCCUGAUGGCUUGUCUUUUCGGCCGCAACCUGAUUCACCUGCACCGCCCCGACGACGACGACCUUGACCACGACAUCAAUGGCCCGUUCUGGAAGCGCCACCGACAGAUGGACCACAUCCUGCUCAACACCUCCCUCUGCCUGCCGUCCCACCUCAAGCUCCCUGCCGGCCUGGGCAACCCCAACGUCGUCUUCACCAACAUGAGCAUCCACACUUCGACCAUCUGCCUUCACCAGGCGGCCAUCUUCAAAGCGGAGGCGAACAAGCUCCCGGCAUCAGUCAGUGCGGAGAGCAAAGUCCGGUGCAUCACUGCCGCAAACGAGAUUGCCAGCAUCAUGAGGACAAUCUCACACAUGGACUUGUCUUCGAUGAACCCAUUCAUUGCCUUUUGCCUCUACGUCUCUGCACGAGUGUUUGUGCAGUAUCUCAAGAGCAAGCCUGACGACGCGCAGACCAUUGAUUCGCUGCGCUUCCUCAUCUCGGCCAUGAAUGCCUUGAAGCGACGGAACCCUCUGACCGAGUCUUUCCUUGUCCAACUGGACGUGGACUUUGAGGCUCUGGCGCUGAAGAUUCCUAAGCUGAGGGGCGCGUUCCCUCGCCCUGGCGAAAGUUCUGCUGAAGCCCCCAAGGGACUCCCCGUACGAGCCGGAGCCGUCUGCGAUGACCCAGAGGGCGUCAAGGGCAUAUUAUCCUACCGAAAUGAAUGCCACUUUUUGAAGACAACGGGUGACAACGGCAACUCUGCCACGGCUCCUGACCUCACAGAACCUUCUGGCGAUUCUCAGAGCAUGUCAACAUCACACUCCAACAACUUUGGAAACGGAGCGUGGCUCUCGGCCGAGCAGCAGAUGCAUGUAUUGACACCCAACUCCGGCAGCAUGUAUGAAAAGAACGUUCCCGGAAGCGGCGGACUAUCCGGCUUUGGCGACGGCCUGGACCAAGAUGCCUCUGGGUCCCCAGACGUGCAGUCAGCUGGACGAACUCCCAACUCGAGCGGUACCGGAUCCGACAUCAGGCCUCAUCUCGUGCCCGGCCAAAUGUCCAAUGCGGCAUCGGGCCACGAUUCAUACCGAGCAAGCCCUAUUUCACCUCAGCAGACAAUGAUGAACCACGGAGGCAUGGACAACAGCGGCAACCAAGGCUACUAUGGCGACCCCAACAGCUUCACGAUGGCCGCCGGUAUGGGGGUUCCACAAGCAGCAUACGGCAUGUCCAACGGAUGGGGAGGGCUGAACGGACCAGCCGCCGGGAUGCAACCAGUAGGGGGAGAAGGUGUUCUCAGAGCACUGAUGAACAUGGGACCUAUGGACGCCAUGGAUCUAUCAUCGUGGGACUCUGGUAACCCACAUUAA